AGGUCGCAUGCACGCCGCCGUCGUUGCCGUCGCGCGCGCGCCGAGGAUAUCUCGUCUGGCUUCUAUCGCUGCCGUGUCCAUCCGCGGCGGGGAGCGCGCGCGGGCGAGGGCGACGCUCACCCGGGCGGCGUCGUCAGGUCCGAUGGCGCCCAUCGUGGAGCUCUACGCGAGGGUCGAUGAGAAGCUUCCCGCCGACCCGGCGAGCACGCCGGCGGACGAGUCCCACUUCCGAGCGAUCGCACCCUACAUGAACGCCGUCGAGCCGAGGCACCUGGCGAUGGAGCCGCCGUCGACGUCCAGGCGCAGCUCCGAGGACUCGGAGGACUCGGCGCGUCCCGCCCAGGGAUUCUUCUCGCAGCUGCUCGGCCGCGCCAAGUCCUCUUCCUCGUCGCGCUCCCCGUCCCGAUCGAGGUCGAGGGCGUCGGGCAUCGACUGCGUCAACCUACACGACUCGCACCGGUUCAGCAUGUGCGUGUUUCGGUUCAACGACGAGGGCACGGUCAUCCCGCUGCACAACCACCCGCACAUGACGGUCAUGUCGAAGCUCCUCUACGGGUCCCUUCGCGUGCGCGCGUUCGACUGGGCGGAUGACGACGACGACAACCCCGGAACGGCCCCGAACGUCCCGAGGCUCGCGAGGAUGGUACGCGACGAGCGCGUCGCCGCGCCCGCGAAAGCGUUCGCGCUGUACCCGCGGACCAACGGCAACAUUCACGUGUUCACCGCCGUCGAGCCGUCGGCGGUUUUGGACAUCCUCUCGCCGCCGUACGCCAUCGGGUGCGGUCGCGACUGCCACUACUUCGAGGAGGUUCCGUUCGGUGUGGACGGGGGCAGGGCGCCGCCGGGGCACGCGUGGCUCGUGGAGGUGGACUGCCCGGACGAUUUCGAGGUGGAGAGGGGGGAAUACCACGGGCCGCGGUUCGGGAGCAGGAGCGGGAGGUAGGGAGGAGGGAGGGCCGCGACGUUAACUCUUAGUUUGUCAACUGAAGCUUGGUUCUUUAU